AUGGCCGAGGAGAUUGUGAUUGACAAGACCACUUUCUUCAACCGGCUGUCCAACUUGUACUCGACCUGGAAGACAGACAAGCGCACAGGGAAUGCUCUAUUUGAUGGCGCGGGCUCGAUCGUCAUUCUCAUGGGCAAAACCGACGAAGAGAACUCGUUUCAGAAAAGCAAUGCCAUGCAUUUUUGGCUCCUCGGUUAUGAAUUUCCAGCGACGCUCCUGGUCCUGACCACCGAAGCGCUAUAUGUGGUCACUGCGGCAAAGAAAGCCAAACACCUGGAACCCCUCAAAGGUGGCAAGAUUCCCGUUGAGAUCCUGGUCACUACGAAGGAUCCAGAGUCCAAGACGAAGGCUUUUGAAAAGUGCUUGGAUGUCAUCAAGGGUGCGGGAAAGAAAGUCGGUGUGUUACCUAAGGACGCAACCUCCGGUCCCUUUGCCGAGGAAUGGAAACGGGCUUUUUCAGAUAUUUCAAAGGAGGUCGAGGAGGUCGACAUCGCUUCAGCGCUGUCUGCGAGUGCCUUUUCGGUCAAGGAUCCCGACGAACUGGUUGCUAUUCGAAAUGCAUCGAGGGCAUGUAGUGGCCUGAUGUCCGAAUAUUUCGUCGAUGAGAUGUCACGGUUGCUCGACGAAGAAAAGCAAAUGACGCACAAAGCCCUCGCGAACAAAGUCGACGCAAAGAUUGACGAAGCCAAGUUCUUCAAUAAGCUUCCGAAACUACCUUCGGAGUUCGAUGCCGGGCAAAUCGACUGGGCCUACGGGCCAGUGAUUCAGAGUGGAGGAGCAUACGACCUGAAGCUCACCGCAACCUCCAACAACAACAACCUUCAGCCUGGAAUCAUCCUGUCCAGCUUCGGAAUCAGAUACAAAACUUACAGCUCACUCAUUGGGCGUACCUAUUUGGUUGAUCCCAGCAAAUCUCAGGAGGCAAACUACGCAAUUCUGCUGAACAUCCACGAAGCCGUUUUGAAGGAGAUCCGUGACGGUGCGGUUGCCAAAGACGUCUACAACAAGGCACUAGGACUCGUCCGAGCCAAGAAGCCUGAACUCGAGAGCCACUUUGUCAAGAGCAUUGGGGCUGGGAUCGGAAUUGAGCUUCGAGAUGCCAACAUGGUGCUCAAUUCCAAAAAUAACAAGACCUUGAAGAACGGCAUGACUCUUUCAAUCACCAUUGGUCUGACUGACGUGAAUGAUCCGGACGCGAAGGCCAAAAACAGCGUCUAUUCCAUGGUUAUCACCGAUACAGUGCGAGUCGGAGAAAGUGGCCCUCAUGUCUUUACCAAGGAUGCCGGUAUUGACAUGGAUUCAGUCUCCUUCUACUUUGGAGACGAGGAAGAGCCGGAAAAGCCAGCCAAGGAGAAGAAGGACACUAAGUCCAGCACUGUUAAUAGCAGGAAUGUCACCAGAACCAAGCUUCGUGCUGAGCGGCCAACCCAGAUCAACGAAGGCGCUGAAGCGCGUCGCCGCGAGCAUCAAAAGGAACUGGCUUUGAAGAAAACCAGGGAGGGCUUGGACAGGUUUGCCGGUACCACUGGUGAUGAAAAUGGUGUGGCCCAAAAGAAAUUCAAGCGCUUUGAGUCUUAUAAACGAGAUAAUCAACUGCCCGCCAAGGUCAAAGACCUGACCAUCUAUGUUGACCACAAAGCUGCUACCGUCAUUGUGCCCAUUAUGGGCAGACCAGUGCCAUUCCAUAUCAAUACCAUCAAGAAUGCUAGCAAGAGCGAUGAGGGAGAAUACGCCUAUCUGCGUAUUAAUUUCCUGUCGCCGGGUCAGGGAGUUGGCCGGAAAGAUGACCAACCAUUCGAAGACAUCUCCGCUCACUUCGUCCGCAAUCUGACGCUACGGUCGAAGGACAAUGAUCGAUUGGCACAGGUGGCGCAGGACAUCACAGAGCUGCGGAAGACUGCCUUGCGGAAGGAGCAAGAGAAGAAGGAGAUGGAAGAUGUGGUCGAGCAAGACAAGCUUGUCGAGAUCAGGAACCGUCGGCCUGUGAAGCUCCCUGAUGUCUACCUUCGGCCACCGUUGGAUGGAAAGCGGGUCCCGGGCGAAGUCGAAAUCCACCAAAAUGGUCUCCGGUAUCUGUCGCCUUUCCGCAAUGAGCAUGUGGACGUUCUCUUUAGCAAUAUCAAGCAUCUCUUUUUCCAGCCAUGUGACCAUGAACUGAUUGUGGUCAUUCAUGUGCAUUUGAAGACUCCCAUCAUGAUUGGGAAGAGAAAGACCAGAGAUGUCCAAUUCUACCGCGAGGCCACUGAGAUGCAAUUUGAUGAAACUGGAAACCGCCGGCGCAAGCAUCGAUAUGGGGACGAAGAGGAGUUCGAGGCAGAGCAGGAGGAGAGACGCCGGAGAGCAGCUCUCAACCGCGAGUUCAAGGCCUUUGCAGAGAAGGUUGCGGAUGCCGGAAAAGAUGAGGGAGUGGAUGUCGACAUCCCGUUCCGAGAGAUUGGCUUUACCGGUGUUCCCAACCGCUCUAACGUUCUGAUUCAGCCGACCACGGAUGCAUUGGUUCAACUGACUGAGCCACCAUUCAUGGUCAUCACCUUGAACGAGAUUGAGAUUGCACAUCUAGAAAGAGUGCAGUUUGGGCUCAAAAACUUCGACAUGGUGUUCGUCUUUAAGGACUUCCAUCGUCCUCCUGUGCACAUCAACACGAUUCCGGUUGAGGCUCUAGAGGGGGUCAAAGACUGGCUUGAUUCCGUUGAUAUCCCAUUCUCCGAGGGACCGCUGAAUCUUAACUGGACCACAAUCAUAAAAACGGUUGUAAGUGAUCCGUACGGCUUCUUUGCCGACGGUGGGUGGUCAUUCCUGGCAGCCGAAUCAGAUUCGGAAGAUGGCUCCGAGGAGGAAGAAGAGUCGGCCUUUGAACUUUCUGAAUCAGAGCUUGCCGCCGAUGAAAGCUCCGAGGAAGAUAGCGAGGAAUAUGAUGAUGACGCUAGCGCAGAUGCGAGUGAUUUCAGUGCGGAUGAAGAGAGUGGCGAGGAUUGGGACGAGCUCGAGAAGAAGGCCAAGAAGAAGGAUAAGGAAAGCAGUAUGGACGACGACCGCGGAACUAAACGCAAGCGCUAG